GGCCAUUGGCUCUGACACACACCUCCACAUGCCAUGUACUUCUUCCUGGCCAACCUCUCUUUGGCUGAUGCCUGCUUUUCUUCCACCACUGUCCCCAAGAUGCUGGUGAACAUCCAGACACACAGUCAGACCAUCUCAUAUGAGGGGUGUUUAUCCCAGAUGCACUUGUUCAUGACAUUCGGGGCACUGGAUGACUUCCUCUUGGGGGUGAUGGCCUAUGACCGCUAUGCAGCCAUCUGCAGACCUCUGCACUACUCCACACUCAAGAGUCCUCUUGUGUGCGUGCUCCUUCUUGCAGCAUGCUGGGUUCUCACCAGCCUCGCCGCCCUCUUACAUACCCUGCUUAUGGCUAAGCUUUCAUUCUGUGCUGUCAACACCAUCCAUCGCUUCUUCUGUGAUGUGGUCCCUCUUCUGCAGCUCUCCUUGCCAGAGGCCACCUCCGACAGCCAGGGAGUAUACACAUUUCCCGAUAGGAGAGGGACACGUGUUGGCUUUUGCAAUGGAGACAGCCUCUUUGUCCCUUCUUUCAGGGCACUGGACUGCUCAAAGUUUAUUGGUAUAACUGGUUGAUUAUAUAGACAGUUUUUCAUUACAGAUUACAUCAUAGUAAGUACAUUGGAAAACUAUGGGGCUUUGUUUUGUGAUCACAUGGUACAGUAGCAAUACAUCACA